AUGAAUGCCUGGCAUCAUGAGCGCGUUCUCGGGUGGAUAUUCACUGGCAGGCAUGUCGUCGAGGCCGACUACGUUAAGCCGCUGGACGGCAGCAGCAACAGUGUUCUAUUUGACGACAACGGCAAAAACAUAAACAUAAACAACAACAGCAACCGCGCAGCUCAGCCGGUUCCGGAUGCGUCACCGCCCUCGUCCACAAGUUCAAGGUCAAGGUCAAGGUCAAGGUCAAGCAGCAGCGACGGCAACGGCAACGGCAACGGCGACGGCGACAGCGACGACGACGACGACCUUCCAAUACCCCCCUCGGCGGCCAUCAACCGCGUCUUUCGGGAUGGUCGUGCAACAUUGACGGCGUUCCUCAAGCGCGCCAACUCGCUCCCUGCGCACGCCUUUCCGGCCGCCGCGUCUACUUCCACGUCUCCCGCCCGAAACCAGUCGAAUUUCAUGUCUACUCCCACCACUCGCUUCCUGACCGCAAACGGCGAGGGGGUUCCUCCAUGGGCCGCCUUCUGUUCCGGACACGUCCGCUUUGCAGUCGCUACCGCCGACGGGCCGGCGAGCCUCCCCCCUCCCGGCGAAUCACCGCCCAACUCGGCAGAGGCCACCGAGCUCCUGAUCCAGUUGUGUGCGAUAUAUGGACUUUUUGAGCCCGAGCACCAGCCCGAUGACCGUCAGCCGGAGCUAUUACCGGCUACCAGCGCUUUCCUGGCCGCACUCGCGCUUCCAUUUUUUCAUUCCGACGGCCUCCAACCACAAUUCCCCAGCCCCCUUCUCAAGAGAUGGAGCCCCGGCACAGCCAAGGCCGCUACAAAGGAACCCGCUCGGAUUCGACAGUACACUGCCGAUCUUCGGUACUAUAUGACGCUCAGUAUGAACACAAAGUGUCUUGGGUCCGCGCUCUGGAGCAUCUUUUGGCAACCCGACAUCGAAACCAACCUGAUCGCCCGCUAUUUAGAAACGCUCAAAAAGCGUUGCGGUUUCGGUUCCAUGUCCCUUCCCGAGACAACCAUACCCGCCUGGACUGGGACCCCUCAGCCGUUCCUCGACGACGAGUGGCAGAAGAGCAAGGGUUUGGUCCAAGACGUCCAGCUCGGCUUCCGCAAAGACACGGGAAGGUCUGUCCCCGACGUCCCGGACCACUUAGGAACCCUCCGUGGGCGCGGGCGGAUAUCCGCGAACGAGGUGAUCAGGCUCGGGCCGUCGCGAGACUCAACCCUCCGCAUGCUAAAUUUCUAUAUGCAAGACGUCAGAGACGGCCGUGAUGCCUGCCUCCUGGGCGUGUCGGCGACGGCAUCCCACCCUUGGCUCAAGUACUGCGCAGGCUAG